CAGCUCUGGUGGGUUAGAGAGUUCAAUCCAUCUUUCUUUUCUUCACUUUCUCUUCUUUGACCAACUGGUUUGGUAUUUGCUACUGGGUAGCUUUUUUGUACUUUUUAAUUUUGUUCUAUUGUUUUUCUUCUAUUCUUUCAUUAGCCUACCUAUUCAAGCUUUUUUUUGGUGUUCUUUUUCCACGUUUCAAUUCCAACAUCGCAAGAGAACAGCCUUUCUUCUCCUUAAAACAGGACGCUCUCGUCCGCUCUUUUAAGCAGAAAAUACAGGAUACGAUAUAAAAAAAAAAACCGGACAAAAAAAAUACCAGAUGGGUUGGGGUGUCGUCGAAGAUCGGUUGGGCCUGUCCCCUCCCGGAACCGUCAAGCUCUCCGACUCGGAUAAGGAGCAAAACUUUGGAGGCCCUACCGCCAACCUCAAAAAGAGGGGAAAUAUUGUCCUUCAGCCUCAGCCCAGCGAUGACCCCAACGACCCUCUCAACUGGUCUCAGGGCUUCAAGAUCGCCAACAUCUGCGUCAUCGCCUUUGGCAGCGCGGUCAGCGGUGCACUGACCACCAUGGUCCAGCCGGGCAUCAAGCCCCUGGCGGAAAAGUUUGGAGUCACGGAGGGUCCCAUCUCCAGCUGGGUCAUCAGCUCGCUCGCCUUCUGGACGUCGCUCGCCAGCUUCUUCGUCGUCGCCGGGUCCGACAUCUGGGGGAGGCGGCCUUUCUAUCUUGCUGGAAUCUUGAUCCUGACUGGUUGCAAUUUGAUGGCUUACCUUUCAACCACAUUCCCCAUGCUCGUCGUGGCACGAACGUUGGGCGGUUUCGCCUCGGCCCCUAUCUUCGCUCUGGCCACUGCCUCAGUCUCUGACAUUUUCUUUGCCCACGAGCGUGGUAUCUUCCUCGCCGUUUGGGGUCUGGCCAUCAGUGCCGGUGGCAAUGUCUCUCAAAUCAUCACAGGCUUCCUGAUCGAUGCCCUGGGCGUACAGUCGACGUUUCUCUUCGCCUCCAUCAUCCUCGGCAUCCUCUUCAUCGUUUCCUACUUCGUCCUGCUCGAGUCGGCCUACUUCAAGCCGCGCGGGGCCUCGUCCUUCAGCCGCUCCAACAACCCCGUCGACGACGAGGAGGACCUCUUCCCGGCCGAAAAGACCGAGCUCGAGGUGCCGGCCAAGCGCACCUACCGCCAGAACCUGGCCGUGUGGAACGGCCGACUCAGCGACGCGAGCUUCUGGUCCGGAGCCCUCAAGCCCCUGGGCAUGAUAACGUCGCCCAUCGUGGCCUACAGCGCCCUGCUGACCACGGUGCUGCUGACGCUGGUCGCCGGGAUCCCGACGCUCGUCACCAUCGUCCUGGGCAACGCGCCCUACUCGCUCUCGCCCAGCAGCAUCGGCCUGACCAACAUCCCGCUCAUCUUCGUCGGCGUGUUGGCGGGGCCGACCAUCGGCCUCCUCAGCGACACCGUGACGCGCGCCAUGGCCCGGUCCAACGGCACGAGCCCGGGCGUAGCCGAGCCAGAGUUCCGCCUGGUGCUGCUCCUGCUCGCCCUGCCCAUCACCGUGUUCGGCCUGGUCGGCAUGUCCAUGGCCAUGAACGAGCACGGCUCGCUGCCGUGGAUCAUGACCUGGAGCUCCGUCAUCCUGCUGGGCGCCCUGAUGGGGAUGCAGACGAGCGUCGUGUACGUGGUGGACUCGUACGCCAGGACCUCGGCCAAGGCCUUUGUCACCAUCAACAGCAUCGCCUCGCUCGUCACCUUUGUCGGCAUCGAGCCCCUCAUCAACUGGUUCAUGGCCUCGGGCCCCCUGGUCGUCCUGUCCAUCAUCGCGAGCGCACAGGUCAUCGUCGCCGUCGCCGCCCUGCCCAUGUACGUCUGGGGCAAGCGGAUACGCGCCUGGUACUCGCGCGCCACGUGGGCCCAAAAGUUCCAAAGCACCUAGGUGACAGUGCUUGUAGUAUGAGGUGAUGGUGUACGAUCAAUAGUGAUAUGUUUUCUGUGUUGGUUUGAAAGGGGGGGAAGGGUUUGUCUUGACCGAAGCCACCUUUUUGUUUUUGUACGAGUCCGUAUGGGAAAGAUGGGAUUAUGGCUACAUCUAAAAGUCGGUCCCAGAACGUCUAUAUGCUGUCUUUUAGCAUCUAAAUCUCCGGACUCAAGAUUUCUUUUGCCGGGCGACUUGUUAAUACAAUCACUUGCGGAGAGCGUAUGUGUGAAUGAACGAGGAUACUGGGUUAGGUCUCACCUGUUCAAAUCAACACAUUCACCCUUUACGUCGGAUUUUUUUUUUAAAAAAAGAGAAAAUAUCAUCAAACAUUAAUUCAUGCAGGAC